AUGGUUGGUAAUAAAAUGCAGCAGUUUCAAGUUUUGCAUUUCCUUAUCCUGAUUUUGUUAACAACAUUCACAAAAGCACAGAAUUACAUCCAGACGAGAUGCGAGCGUAGCUGUGGCCAGGCCAAUAUUAUUCGUUUCCCAUUCGGGAUUGGAAUAAAUUGUUCUCUGAACGAAUGGUUCAACAUUGAAUGUAACUCACAGAGGGCUUAUCUUCCUGCACUCAACAACGUGGAGGUGUUGAACGCGUAUUACACACACCUCAUUCUUAAUGUCCCCAUGAUUUCUGAUUGCAAGAACUCGCUCCACAACAGUAGUCUUGACUUAAGCAGAAGUCCUUUCCGUUAUUCCCGAUACAAUAACAUGCUCGUGUUUCAAGGGUGUGGCCAUGCUGACAUCAUCAUGGAGAACGGUACUAUUGUUGGUGGUUGUUCAACAACUUGUCGCAAGGAUAGUACUGUUAGUGACCUGAACAACUGCUUCGGCGUGGGUUGUUGCCAAACUACAAUUGCUCAUGAUCUCCGGUGGUUUACAUUGAAUCGAACAAGCUUGGAAAGCCAGGAUGGAGACGGAACCUUGUGUGGGUCUGCCUUCUUGAUGUAUAAGUAUCGCCAACCGACUUUUGGUCCCCAAUCUAUUGGCCAGGACCACUCUUUUGUUCCUGUGUCGCUUUCUUUGAAAGGAAAUGAUACUUCAGUAGGAUGCAACAAUAUGUGUGGGAAUGUCUCGAUUCGAUAUCCUUUCGGGAUUGGAAGAAGCUGUUCAGGGAAUGAAUGGUUCACUAUCGAUUGUAACUCCUCGACACCAUAUUUAUCGGCCCUCAACAAUCUUGAGUUGUUGGAUAUAAAAUCUGAAAGGUUCACUGUUAAUGUCCCUAUGAUUUCGGAUUGCGAGAAUCCAAUCCAGAAUAGUAGUCUUGACCUAAACAGAAGUCCGUUUUACUUUUCCAAAAACGGUAACUUAUUCGUUGUUGAAGGGUGUGGCAAUGGCGUCAUCAUUAAUGAGAAUGGAGAUAUUAGCGGUGGUUGUUCAACUAGUUGUGGCAAUGAGAGUGUUAGUGAAAGAAACAACUGUUUUGGCAUCGGUUGUUGUGAAACUACAAUGACUUAUGAUCUCAAAUCGUUUACCUUGAAUCUAACUGAAUUGGUAGGAUCACAUGCUGGAAAUGUAAGCUGCAGUAGGUCUGCCUUCUUGGUGGAUAAGAAUUCAUACAUGAAAGGAAGGUUUUCCAGUCAAUCUACUGUGGAGGACCAGCGUUUUGUUCCAGUAUCACUGGAAUGGGGCUACAUGGACGAAGAUGGCUUGGACUCGGAUGUGACGUGUCUUUAUGACAACAAAAUAUCACUGGGUGUUAUUCUAGGUGUUAGUAUAAGCAUAGGGCUGCUGUUGCUAAUAGUGAUGGGCUAUGCAUUGUACAAAAUAAUCAAGAAAACUAAAGCGAAGAGAAGGAAACAAAGGUUUUUUAAACGCAAUGGUGGUAUUCUUCUUAGACAACAACAAACAACCGAUAUUAGUUUAGUUGAUAAAACCAUUCUUUUCACCUCCAACGAAUUAGAUAAGGCCACCGACAAUUUUAAUGAGAACAGAAUUCUUGGUCGAGGAGGUCAAGGUACAGUAUAUAAAGGCAUGCUAGCUGAUGGGCGAAUCGUUGCAAUAAAAAAAUCAAAGGUGGUUGAUGAAAGCCAACUAGAACAGUUCAUCAAUGAGGUGGUCAUUCUUUCUCAAGUAAGUCAUAGAAAUGUCGUCAAACUACUGGGAUGUUGCCUAGAGACCGAGGUGCCAUUACUAGUCUCGGAGUUCAUAUCAAAUGGUACAUUAUAUGACCUUAUUCAUGAUGAAACCGGUGAGUUUUUGUUCUCUUUGAACAUGAGAUUACAAAUCGCUACAGAGGUUGCAGGGGCACUUUCGUACUUACAUUCAGCAACCUCUAUUCCAAUAUACCAUAGGGACAUCAAAACUACUAACAUACUUUUGGAUGAAAAGUAUAGAGCCAAAGUUUCGGAUUUUGGAACUUCGAGGUUAGUGUCAAUAGAUCAAACACACUUGACUACCUUAGUUAAAGGGACAUUUGGUUACUUGGAUCCAGAGUAUUUCCAGUCGAGCCAGUUCACCGAGAAAAGUGAUGUAUAUAGUUUUGGAGUUGUUUUGUUAGAACUUUUGACAAGGGAAAAACCAAUUUCUUUAACUAGAUUUGGUGAAAACAGAAGUUUAGCUUUACACUUCAUGUUAGCCAUGGAAGAAGGCCGGGCGAUGUCUAUUUUUGAUGCAAGUGUUGUUAAAGAGGGUUCUAGGUCUGUGUUGUUGGCCAUAGCUAACUUGGCAAUGCAAUGCUUGAAUUUUAAUGGGAGAAAUAGGCCAACAAUGAAAGAAGUUGCUUCUGAGUUAGAAGGAAUCAGAUUAUCACAUGUUCCCUCUACAGAUGAACCUAAUUUUGGACAUGUGAAGCAUUAUGAGGAAGUAGCACUUAUAUAUGGUGAGUCAACAUCAACAUCAAUAACAUUUUAUCACAAUCCUAGUCAAUGA